AUGUGUCAAAUUUUUACCGAGGGUGUCGUUGUAAACGACUUUGUUAAUGAAGUUGUUGUUGUAAAUGACUCAGCUAACUCAUGCGAGACCGAUCAGGACACUUCACAAAGUCGUGUCUGCAAAAGUAACGCCAUUUGUUCAAAUAUUGAGAAACCUAAGUCCGGUCAGACUAUUAACACAGAAGCCAUACAAGCUCUAUCCGAUUCACUUGUUCAUAUAACCGAAGUUAUUGCAAAACUUCAAGAGAAUAUGAAUAAAAGUCGGCAAAACACCGAGCUUCAAGUUGAGAACGAACCUAAUUAUAUGCAAGAACGAACUGCUGAGCAAGAGCUAAAUUUUUGUUUUAAUGCUCAAAAUAUAAAAUAUUUAUUAAAUUAA